GGAAUUUUGGAAAACCCUUGCUGCCGGCACUCUUCCUACAGACUUUCUUCCACCUUCGCAGGGACGGGAAGUAGAAAGAAGAAAAUCAAACCUGAAAUCUGAGGAUGCAACCUUUCUCUCUUUCCCUCCCGACCUCCUCGGUUUGAUUAUCGCUAUUCUAGAAUGUACUUUGUACCAUAAUCUCUUCAUGACAAGAUCUUCUCAGUGCAGAUAGAUACACUGCGGAGCUAAUUCUUCUUUCCCAGACACUUUAAUUGGAUGCGUUAGUGGCAAUCAAGGAAAAAUGGCUUCUUUGUUUAAGGAUCCCAGCAAGCUUUCAGCAUAUCGAGAUAGAAGAUUUCCGGGUUCACAGGAAGAUUUUGAACAUGCACUACAAACCUCGACAACUGCUUAUGUUGGGAAUAUGUCCUUCUACACUACAGAGGAGCAAGUUUAUGAACUGUUCUCCCGAGCUGGCGAGAUUAAAAAAAUCAUCAUGGGUUUGGAUAAGAACACCAAAACCCCUUGUGGCUUCUGCUUUGUUCUAUAUUACUCUAGAGAUGAUACUGAGGAUGCUGUAAAGUACAUAAGUGGGACAAUUCUUGAUGAUCGCCUUAUUCGUGCGGAUUUCGAUUGGGGGUUCCAAGAAGGAAGGCAAUGGGGCCGUGGUCGGAGUGGUGGGCAGGUGCGGGAUGAGUAUCGCACUGACUAUGAUCCUGGUAGAGGUGGUUAUGGAAAAUUGGUUCAGAAAGAGCUGGAAGCACAGAGGCAGCUAGUAGAUUAUGGCACAGGGUCUCUGGGAUCUUUUAUGCAAGUUAUGCCAUCUCAUUUUGGUGGUAGACUUGGAGGAGGCUAUGGGCAUGGGGGUUCUCACAGACAGAGUCGAGAUUACCAUCGCAAGCGGCACAGGGAAGAUGAUCGCCGUGCACCAGAGAACUCAAAGAGAACCUCUGACUAUGAGUCCCGAAGAACUGAUGACGAGUCUAGACCGGAGAAGAAUCCUCGUUUUCGUGAAAGUGGUGAUUCUGACGAUGAAGAUGAAGAUGAUCGAAAGAGACGGCAUUAGCCUAAAUGGAGUUUGUUUCUCUGUGUAAUUAUUCCCAGACUGCAGUAGUUGGUUGACUCAGACACCGGGUGAAAACCAUGAAAGAUUCUAAAUGACAAUUCUGUCAUGAGAGUUGCCUCAAGGAUUUUAACUUAUGAAGCUAGAACAUUUAUAUGCUAUCCAUGUCUUGUAGUCCACCCAACAGUGUCUGCAAAUGUCUGAAGCAAGAACUUUUCUAUGCUAUCUAGUCUUUGAAGUGGCUGGUUUUUGUCUUUCGUCCUGGUUGUCAAAACUUCUGAUCUCAUUGCUAUCCGGUUAUUACAGAAGUGGUUGGUUGAAUACAACCGUUGACAGGGAAGAUGAGAACAUGAAGAUACUGGCUUAUCAUAUUUUAAUCCUUUCUGUUUGAAUGAUGCCAAUCUAAUUGAAUUAUCGUAGGCCAUA